UUUCACGAUCUCGAUCUCUUCUAGCAUACAUUUGCUCCCGUUAGGGUUUGGUUUUUGCAUACAUUUUAUUUCCGUUUCUCUUUACUUUGUUCUGCUAGGGUUUUACUGAUAAUCACAUUUGCUCUUCCUCUUCCUCUUCCUCUUCCUCUAAUCUGUAAACAUGAAACUUACUGUCAAGACUUUAAAAGGUAGUCAUUUCGAUAUCAGGGUUCAACCUGGUGAUACGAUUAUGGCUGUGAAGAAGAAUAUUGAAGAUGUUCAGGGAAAGGAUAACUAUCCAUGUGGUCAACAGUUACUGAUUCAUAAUGGAAAGGUCUUGAAAGACGAAACCACUUUGGAAGACAAUAAAGUCAGUGAGGAUGGUUUCCUUGUUGUGAUGCUUAGCAAGAGUAAAUCCUCAGGUUCAGCUGGAGCCUCAUCUACUCAGUCCGCACCAUCAUCUACACCUGCACCAAUAUCUACGCCUACUCCUGCACCUAUAGCUUCUUCCCCGGCCCCAGCAACUGCCAUUUCUGGUUCUGAAAGCGUAGCAGCUGAGGUUCUUGCUGAUUCCUAUGGACAAGCUGCAUCCAAUUUGGUUGCUGGUAAUACUGUUGAGCAAACAAUUCAGCAACUAAUGGAUAUGGGUGGUGGUAAUUGGGAUAGGGAAACUGUUACUCUUGCACUUCGUGCAGCCUACAACAAUCCAGAGCGAGCUGUUGACUAUUUAUACUCGGGUAUUCCUGCAUCAGCGGAGGUUGCUGUUCCAGUACAAGAAUCAGGUGGUGCAAACCCCACCACUGGAACUAGUCUAGCAGGAGCUGCACCUCUUUCUGGAGGACCUAAUGCUUCCCCUCUUAACAUGUUUCCACAGGAGGCUCUUAAUUCUGGAGCUGCUGUUGGUGAUGGAUCCCUUGAUUUCUUAAGAAACAACCAACAGUUUCAAGCAUUGCGUCAAAUGGUGCAAUCGAAUCCACAAAUUCUACAGCCGAUGCUUCAGGAACUAAGUAAGCAAAAUCCACAACUUCUGAGACUAAUUCAGGAGCAUCACGCCGAGUUCCUUCAACUAAUAAAUGAACCUGUUGAAGGGGGUGAAGGAGGAGAUUUGUUUGAGCAGCCUGAUCAAGAUAUGCCUCAUGCCAUCAGUGUCACACCAGCAGAACAGGAGGCAAUUGAUCGACUUGAAGCAAUGGGAUUUGAUAGAGCGCUUGUGAUUGAAGCCUUUUUAGCUUGUGAUCGUAAUGAGGAGUUGGCAGCUAACUACUUAUUGGAGAAUGCAGGAGAUUUUGAAGAUUAAUAGUCGAGGUAGUAACAAACGCCAUGGAGAUUUCACCUAAAUGUUGGCCAGAGUUUGUUUUUUUAUAAUUUCUGGUAGCGGCUCAACUUACCCAACCGAAGAACAUUCAUAGGCACUUCCGCAUCUGUGAUGAAGAAGUCUGGUCUUAUAGGUUAAUGAUUUUGCGGAAGGUUUAAUUGGUUUGUUUUUGCCAGGAAGUUCUCCUUCUCUGUGGAAAAUAUGGGCAAGCAUUAUAUGAGAACUGCUCUGGAAUCUAUAUACAACUGCGUUAUCUCUUUUUUCCUUUUUUAAUUUCUGAUGCUUAUUAUGGUGUUUCCAUGUCCUUGCUAAUUAGAUCUGCAGUGUUAACACAUCUGAGGAGAAAAGUAACAUGCUAUUUACCAUGUUUUUGUUUUGUCAAACGGCCCUUGUGCUGCAUGAUUUGUCCGUUGAAGGCUGUGGCAGAUGGAUUGGAUGGUGUUUGUUCUUGCUCUGUAGUUUUCGUUGUGAAUUAUCUCUAACCAGUUCUGUUUCAAACUUAUUUUUGGCAGAGGAAUGAUUUGUUGA